AUGACUAUCCCAUGUAUUGUGGGACCCUACACCAGCGUCAAUACCACGCUGACACUCCUCGAACACCAAUAUCGCAUCAAGUCAGACGCCAAGGGCGCCCAAGACUAUCCCCAAAAAGCGUCAGAUGAACGGUUCCAAACUGACCAGGUGCCGAUCACAUCCAUUGCCGUUAGCCACGGGCAGCAGGACAGUGGUGUCUUCAAUCUUGACUUCAAGGACGAGCGAUACAUACCCUUUGAAGGCGCGGGAGCAGUUAGUAGAUGGAGACUGGAACUUCCAACUACCAUCAAGCAAUUCGACUACAACACUAUUAGUGACAUUGUCUUGCACAUGAAAUACACAGCUAUUCAAGGCGGUGCUGCCUUUCGCAAAGCUGCGGCAGAAUCUGCGGCAGCGUUCCAGAAGACAGCUGCUGGCCUGUCGCUGAAUGAAGGCAUGUUUGCAGUGUUGGAUCUUCCCAACGAGUUUCCUUCUGAGUGGUAUCGGCUAGUCACGGCUGACAAGACCAAACCUUCGACUAUGCCGCUUCUGUCUUUACAAGAUCGUCUUCCAUUCUUCACAAAAGGCAAGAGUACCAAGGCCGGAAGCGUGUCUGUACUUAUCGAGUCGUCGGGUAUCGACCUGGAAGAAGACAUCACCUUGACUGCUGCGAAUCGGCUGAAACUCAAGGCCGGAACUGGCAUUGGGUCCUUCCAAAUCAUUUCAGAAGCCUCUAAUAGUGUAUUACUCCUGGCUCCCUGCAGCAAACUAAAGAACUUUAAUAACAGUGCCACUAACACGAAACUGGAGUUCAAGCGCAUGAUAGAAGAGGACAAGGACGCUAUCACGAGUGUCCACGCGAGGAGGAAGCGGCCUAGGGACAGCAUGUCUGACGCCACUACACAGCACGAUGGUAAAGGCAAGCUCCUCGAUUAUACGAAGCUUAAAAGACACUUAAUCGGCAAAUAG